AUCAUGCCCCCAAAUAACAAGCCUUCUCGCCGAUCCGGAAAGAGAAAAGCAGACCCUGCUCCGGAUGGCGCGGAACGAGGACGCAAGAGGGCCCAGAACCGCAUCUCACAGCAAUGCCUCCGCGAGAAGAAUCUUGCGCAUGUGCGCAGUCUCGAGGAGACAGUUGCCCUGCUUCAGCAGGCGGUUGCAUCCGGAGACCAAGGCAGUCGUUAUGCAACUCUGCUUGAGACCCAUCUCAAGUUGAUGGAGGAGAACAGGCGGCUGCAGGAUGCUCUUCUCCGGCUACGGAAAAAGCUACUGAGCUUGAGCAACGCCGCUUCGACCGCCGCAGAUGAUGAGGUGUUCGACACGUUACUCGGGGGAUCCCAAGACACAGGCACGCCCCCAGCCGAUGAGAGAGGACAUCGCGACUCAUCAGGCUCGCCACUGGCAGAAGGAGAGCCACUAGCUCACCAAAGCCCCAACACUGAACCUGAUACCGGCAGUGUGACUACACACACUCAAAGGGCGGCUGAUCCAGGCAUAUCGAACCUCCAGCCGCUACAGAAUGACCCCCUCGAUAACUACUCGGAUUUUUUAAACGUCUGUACCAGCACCUGGCCAGUGAAUGAGCAGAAUGAGGCAGGAUUGACAAUGCCCUUGCCAGCAUGGAUGCUCUCUCAAGACCACAUUGUCAUAACAUCUAUAACUCUCUUCGGGUCUAAACUCCUUGACGCUUGCGACAAGUAUAUCAAGAGAAAAGCAACAUCUACACUAUCAAAACAGGACGAUGAGUGGAACCAGAAGCUCGUCCGCGUUGCAAUAGACUUUGGGACUCGUUGCAUGGGUCUAGGAUCAUAUGUCUAUGGUGUAAACGGAGCUAGGUACAUGGAAAAAGUCCUGAGUUGGCGGCUUGGUCUCGAACCCAAGGACAAAGUGCCGGCGCCAUUCCGCCCAACACCACUACAGUCUAGACAACCAACCCAUUUCUGGGGCCUUGACCUCUUCAAUUGGCCUGAGCUACGAGAUCAGUUGGUACUGGAUCAUGAGUCGGUCGACUUAGAUAUGUUGACAAAAGAUCUCGUUCUCAACUCUGUUGUCGAGCAACCACAACGGGGUGUAGCCGUCAAUGUGCUCGACAUCUUUGAGAAUCAGAUCCUUCGUCGAGACAAGUCCGGAUGCACGCAAGGUGGUACUUGCCGAAACUAUCUUACUGACGCCUCUUGGGUUUUGUUUGAAGUUAGCCCCGAAAUGCAGAGCGUAUACGGGUCUGUGGCAGACCCAGUGGAAGAGGCGAUCAUGGCAGAACUUGAUCGACGGAUGGUGACUGAAGAAGUCAUGCCCUCAGGCUACAACAAGAGCUCGCUUCCAUCACCUGAGAGUUACCCAGGAACUGACGUAGCCCACUUUCUGGGCAUCGAUAACUUUUUGGGAUGGAAGCUUAGUCAGGAGUUUGCCCACAAGUAUCCUUUCCUGGACUGUUCUACCGCUAUAUCUGAUUACCAGCUGGCGCCUUCCGAAGAUUUCUUCUAUUGGUAGUCAUAUAGCGUAUGUAACCUCAGCUCCGGAUCAGGCCUCUUUGGCUUUGGCUUUAUGUCAUGCUAGAAAUGAGUAUAAACCUAGAUGAGAACUCCAACACCUCUCCAUAUUGGGUGUUAAUCCCUCCAUAUAUUAAUAACCACAUAUUACGCCGCUGCGGUUUAUGGCUUCCCUUCGGAUCAUUAAACCAAGGCUCACAGUUUCAGC